GGGGAGUCGCUCACAUGUACACAAUAAUCGAGCACGGGAGGUGGAGAGGUGACAUCUCCGGAGACUAGUUAACUGUAUUGAUACAGGUGUUGACAUCACUCCCUCUCACUACCUCUGCUGAAGGGUUCUCUGCUCUGGACCUGUUUCCAUUCAACAUGACAUCAGAGAACACCCUGGACGAUGAGGACACCUUCAAGAUCCUGAUCGCCACGGAUAUUCACCUUGGUUACCUAGAGAAAGAUGCUGUCCGUGGCAACGACACGUUCAACACCUUCGACGAGAUCCUGAAGUGUGCCAAACAGAACCAAGUUGACUUCAUCCUGUUGGGAGGUGAUCUGUUCCAUGAGAACAAGCCUUCCAGACGCUGUCUUCACUCCUGCAUCUCUCUGCUGAGGAAGUACUGCAUGGGAGACACUCCUAUCCUCUUCGAUGUCCUCAGUGACCAGGCUGUCAACUUCAGCAACAGCAAGUUUCCGUGGGUGAACUACCAGGAUGAGAACCUGAACAUCUCCAUCCCCGUGUUCAGCGUGCACGGUAACCAUGACGAUCCUACAGGGGCGGAUGGUCUGUGUGCGUUGGAUCUCCUGAGCUCUGCCGGACUUGUCAAUCAUUUUGGCCGCAGCCAAUCAGUAGAGAGGAUAGAGAUUAGUCCCGUCCUCCUGCAGAAAGGCAGCACUAAGCUAGCCCUGUACGGCAUCGGCUCUAUUCCUGAUGAACGCCUCUACAGGAUGUUUGUUAACAACCAGGUGACCAUGCUCCGCCCCAAAGAAGACCAGGACCAAUGGUUCAACCUCUUCACCAUCCACCAGAACAGGAGUAAGCAUGGUGCCACCAACUACAUCCCAGAGCAGUUUCUGGAUGACUUUCUGGACCUGGUAGUGUGGGGUCAUGAACACGAGUGUCUGAUAAACCCCAGCAGGAACGAACAGCGGCUGUUCUAUGUCACCCAGCCUGGUAGCUCUGUUGCCACGUCACUGUCCCCCGGGGAGGCCGUCAAGAAGCACAUAGGUCUGCUGAGGGUGAAGGGGCGUAAGAUGAACCUUCAGAAGAUCCCGCUGCACACGGUGCGUCAGUUCUUCAUCCAGGACCUGGUCCUCUCAGAGCACCCUGACCUCUUCAACCCUGACAUGCCCAAGGUCAACCAGAGGGUAGAGGCCUUCUGCCAGGAGAAGGUGGAAGCGAUGAUUGAGGAAGCAGAGCGAGAUCGACUAGGAAACCCCCUUACCCCUGAGAAACCCCUCAUACGCCUCAGAGUGGACUACAGCGGUGGUUUUGAGGCCUUCAAUGCCACUCGUUUCAGUCAGAAGUUUGUAGAGCAGGUUGCAAACCCCAAAGACGUUGUUCACUUCAUCAGACAGAAGGAGUACAAAGUUAAAGGCGAAGAGGGUGUUGACUUUGGGCAGCUCCUGAGUCACUCCUCAACUGAGGGUCUGAGGGUGGAGGAUCUCGUUAAAGAGUACUUCCUGACAGCAGAAAAGACGGUGCAGCUCUCCCUGCUGACGGAGCAGGGCAUGGGGAAGGCGGUGCAGGAGUAUGUGGACAAGGAGGAAAAGGAUGCCAUCGAGGAACUGAUCAGAUACCAGCUGGAGAAAACCCAGAGACACCUGCAGCAGAGAGGAGUACUGACAGAGGAGGAGAUUGACCAGGAGAUUCGCCGUUUCAGAGAAUCUAAGAAAAACACUGCAGAGGAGGAUGAAGAGGUUCAGGUGGCCCUCAACAGAGCUAAAGCUCACCGCAUAGAGCGAGGCGAAGACCUGGACCUAUCAGAUGAGCCUGAUGUUUCCAUGGAUUCGGACGAGGACUCUGCCCCGCCUCCCCCCACCAGGGGCAGGGGGCGGGGUGGCAGGGGAAGGGGAAGGGGCCAAACCACAGCCAGGAGAGGAAGAGGUGCAGCAGAGCCAAAGCCAGCAGGGCGGGCCCGUUCUCAGAAGGCCUCAGUGGUCAACCCCACCCAGGGCAGAAACAUCAUGGAUGCGUUCCAGGCUCCACCUCAGCGCCCAUCGAGAGGGGCGGUGUCGGCUAAAUCUUACACAGAUGAGAUAACCAUUGAUGAUGAUGACUCUGACGAUGUUUCCUUUGUGAAGCCUGCAUCAAGACCAACACCUGCAUCACGACCAACACAGAGGACCUCCUCCUCCUCUUCCUCCUCCAGUAGGCGGGGCUCCCAGAGUCAGAGCCAAUCAUACAGAGGAGUGACAUUUGAUGACGACGAUGAAGAGGAGGACUUUGACCCGUUUAAAGGCUCCAGUAGGAGUGGCCAGCGGUAGCUUUAACCCCGCCCCUCAUGUUUCUUAUUGGCUAGUGAGCUGUGAAUGUAUGAUUAACUUACCCGUAGUUCUUCACACCACUUAUGGUCCUGACGAUGGACCCCUGGGCUGCCAAUACACUGCCUGUUCAGAAUAGAGGAAGCAUUAGCUGGCUGAACCUGUGUCUAAACUCUUAUUUUUCAUCCUAUACCUUGUUCUCAAUCUUUUUAAUUGUGAGAUAAUGUCGUACGGUGAGGUCCCAGCCCUAUUAGGUUUCCAUUCAUUCUAACUUCUAGCUGGACUUUUCCAUACCAUCUGAAAACCUGCUUUGACUGUUGAUUGGCCGUUCUGAGUUCCUAAAGCGUCAUUAGUCAGUUUUGUUGAGCCCUGUUAUUGGUCAGUGUUGGACCCAUUCAGUCACCAUGGCGACCGUCUGCUUUCAGCAAAUUUAUUAAAUAUUUCCUGUUUCUA